UUAGCCUUCAUCGUAUUCCGUAUUUCAUGGCCUCUGCUUUUUCCCAACUUCUACACGACCUUCGUGAUCCCACAGACGCGGAUCUUCCACCAGCUGCAGCCCAACCACCACCACAAAUCGCCCUCUUCUGCCGCUCCGGCCACCUCGAACUCGUCAAGACAAUCUUCCACGAGAUUCACGAGACUGACGACUCGAUUUCACCAGGCGCCCUUUCAACCGCCCCAGGAACCAUUCUCGGCCGCAUCGGCCGAACCACUGCCCUCCUCUCACCAGUCCCAGACAUCGGGAAAACCAGAACCGCAAAGCACGCACUAGAUCUGAAGCUCUCUCUGCCGAGCAUCGACGUUGCCAUCGUGAUCGGCUGCUGUACCGCAGCUCCAGAUGCCGAGGACGGGAGGCAGAUCUUCCCCGUUGAUGUUUUGCUCGCCGACGGCGUGGUGGAAUAUGACAUAGGAAGGCUGAUUCCGGGCGGUCGGUUCGUUCGCAAGGACGUGGGGAUCAUCAGACCCUGUGAGAGGGUAUGGGCGGUGCUGGACGAGUUACGCGAGGGAGGCGGGGGGAAGGAGCUGGGUGAUAGGAUUGGGAUAGAGGGCGAUAGAGGUGUAGGGAUCCAUGUUGGGACGGUCGCUUCCGGGGAUCGAACCCUGGAUAACAAUGAGGAGCGUGAAGCGCUGAGGACGGAGGUGUCGGCUGUGGGGUUGGAUGUUGGGGGUCUUUGUCUCGGUGUUGCGACUGUUUUUCGUUCCUGUCUUGUUGUGCUGGGUGUGGAUGGAGAUGCUGAUGAGGGCUGUGGGGAUUGUGGGCGACGGCGGGCUGUAUGGACUGCCGAUGGUCACAAGGAGAAGCGGUGGCAGCCGUAUGCGGCGCUCUCUGCGGCUUGUUGUGUCAAAGCGCUUCUUGCAGGGGUUGCUGGCGAAAGUCAAGGCUUGGAGAAGGGGGCCUGUGGCGGGGAUCGGGUGUCUCAGUCGGUCGCGCAAGGUGGGCCAGCGUUUGGGGAAGACGAGGUGUGGUUUCGGUCUUGGAGGUUGUGUGUUGCCGUUUGUCUGGUCGGUGUGUUACUAUGUUUGUAUGUGUGA